UUUGCAUUGUCUCUCAGUUGGUAAGCAUGAUCAAAAGGUCAUUCGUUAUCACAACUAGAUUUUUGGUGAACAAUAUAUGGCUGCUUCCUGCUUCCAGCAUAAUUGAAGAUUAGCUACAUAAAAUUCAGUCAAGAUUUAGACACCAAGAUGGCACAUCGUUUUCUAUAUUUUUAUUGCACCUGUGCGUUUAUAUUGCAUUCGCAAGGGUGUGAUAUAUUACUUCAAGUGAAUUCUCAAACACCGACAUUCUGCAACAAGCUUUGUGAUGAUGCCGUCAGCACUAUCAAAGAGCUGAACAACAAAUUAACCGAUUUGCAAAAUGAGUUGUUGACAAUAAAGAAACGUGAUAACGAAACAAACUCCAAAUGUCAGUACAUAAAGUUAAUAGAAUCUCACAAUGAAGGCUACAAAAUUCUACUAAGAACUGCAAAGAAAUGUUCAACGUCCUGUGCUGAAGCGAUGCGUCAGCCAAAUGGCACAUAUGCAGCGAGCGGCGUUUAUGAACUUUACUUAGCUGAAUUCUUUUCCCACCCAUUCCAAGUAUAUUGCCUGCAAGAUCCCGAUGGCGGUGAACCAUGGGCUCUAAUUCAACGUCGACAAAGCAGAGAGACCGACUUCGACCGCGAUUGGAUUGAUUACGAACACGGAUUUGGUGAUUUGAACGCAAAUUUGUUUCUCGGCUUAGAUAAAAUACAUGCGCUGACACAAUCGCGACACCAUGAGCUGUGGAUUCACUUAGAAAACUUUAAGAAUGAAACACGCUAUGCUAUGUAUGAUAGUUUUGCAAUUGGCAAUGCCGAUGAAGAGUAUCCGUUGAAUAAACUUGGAAAGUAUAACGGCACAGCUGGAGAUUCUCUGAAAUAUCACCUUGAUCAAAAAUUCACAACUAGAAUUUGUACAAAAUGUACAGGAGGUUGGUGGUUUAUUGAAUGUGGUUGGAGCAAUCUGAAUGGUAUUUAUUUGGAAGAAGCAUUAGCGAAAACGUGGUACAAAUACGGUGUGUUGUGGAAAACGUGGGAUAGUUAUUCUCUUAAACAUGUGCAUAUGGCAAUAAGGCCGCGUUCGUAAGCCAACCUCUAACCCGACGAUGCCUGAGAACAACUUCACCAGUUUGAUGAGCUGUGUUUUUAUAUUUUUCCUUGAUUCAUGUGGCUACAAUUCUUUUUUCUUGUAACUUAAUUUAAUAACAAAAUAAAAAUACAUUUUUGUUCGAAAAACAUGUAAUAAUACU